AUGACCUCCCUUAAGUAUGUCAGACCUACCUCUGUGUUUAAUUUACAUCAUUUAAGUAAAAGGAAUCUAUCGGAGAAUUAUCAUGUUAAAUCUCGAGAUUACACAGAUGAGAAAUUAAGGAAGCUAGAAGAUAGGUACGAGAUCAGUCAAAGAGAUCGAGAAUAUAAUUACGAUGCCUUUGAAGGCUCUGCUUAUCGCUACUUUAAAGAGCUCAACAGAAGAGGCAAGUAUAGAGUAGUCAAGAGACUUUAUGAAAUGUACCACUUGGAACAGCUGCAUACUCCUUACACAGAAAGACUAGAUUCACAGUAUAGGUUUGCUUUAGAGAAUAUCACAGCUCUUAGCAGAGCUGCUCUGUCCGCCUCAAUAGAUGACACGAGUUACAGACGAAAGUUUGGAACCCAGAAGACCUUUAUAGGAAUAGAUAUCAUCUUUAAUGUACUCAGCUUUGGAGUACUUCUGUAUGUUGGUCUAAUUUUCUUGGGGAGCCUUGAUUUUAAAUCCCCUGAUGAGAUGGCGAAAUUUGAAAUCAAGAUGGCCGACGAUAUUGACACAAGGCUUGAUGAUGUAAAAGGCAUCGAAGAGAUUAAGGAUGAAAUAAGGAACCUUAUCAAGAUGAUCAAAGAUCCAUUCAAAUAUAAAGAGAAAGGAGCAAAAGUUCAUAAAGGAGUCCUCUUAUUUGGAGAUCCUGGAGUCGGAAAAACCUUGCUCGCCAGAGCUAUUGCUGGAGAAUCGGGAGUAAACUUCAUAUUUUGCACUGGCUCUACUUUUGAUGAAAUGUUCGUAGGAGUUGGAGCAAAGAGAGUUAGACAGCUUUUCCAGACCGCUAGAGAGAGAUCUCCGUGUAUUAUCUUUAUUGAUGAAAUUGAUUCCUUAUUAAGUAAGAGUAGAAGAUUUGCAAAGGAGCAUAGUUCGAAUAGAAGUACUCUGAAUCAAAUCCUUGCUGAAAUGGAUGGGUUUAAUGAAUCAGAAAAUGUUAUUGUAAUUGGAGCCACCAAUCAUGAAGGUGAUCUAGACCCUGCUGCAGUAAGACCUGGGAGGUUUGAUAAGAAGAUUCAUGUCCCAAAGCCAGAUCUUGAUGGCCGUAAUGAUAUCCUCAGGCUUUACCUCGAAAAGGUAAACGUCUCUGAGGAAAUUGAAGUCGAAAAAUUGGGUAAAAUGACCCCUGGAUUUUCAGGGGCUGAUCUUGAAAAUCUUGUCAACAAUGCAAUUGCUGAUGCUGUUCAUAAAGACAAGACUCAUGCUAAUAUGAAGGACUUUGAGGAAGCUAAAGACCGUAUAGUAAUGGGGAUAGAAAGGAAGAAUCUUCAUAUUGGAAACAGAAUCAGGUUAAAUACUGCUAUUCAUGAAGCAGGUCACGCACUUGCCUGAUACUAUACUGAGGGAAGCCAGAAGCUCUACAAGGCUACUAUUGUAAAUAGGGGUGCUAAUAGAGGUGCCACAUUCACACUCCCAGACGAAAGUGACAUGAUUGCAUUGUCUAAAGAGAAACUUUUAGCUCAUAUUGACAUUUGUCUUGGAGGAAUGGCUGCUGAAGAAAUUAUUUUAAAGCAGUACAGUCCAGAUAACAUGAAUGCCAUCACCACAGGAUGAGGACGGGAUCUCCCAAAAGCUACAAAUAUGGCAAAAAGUGGAGUAAGAGAGUAUGGUAUGUUUGGAGAAGAAGGAGCAGCCUUCAUUAGCUCCUCCAAAGAUGAUACCUCUGAUGAAUUUACUCAGAUGGUUGACCUUAAAGUGAAAGAAAUUCUUGAUGAAUCACAUGAAAGAGUGCAUAAUUUGUUAAAGUCUAAAAAGAAAGAUGUAGAGAUCCUUGCCAAGAAUCUCUUCUGGUAUGACUAUCUUACUGCUGAAGAAAUUGAACAGAUUCUAAAGGGAGAAAAGCUUGAUAAAUAUCAUGUACGCGAGUGGGAAGAUAAAGAAGACUAUUUGUUUCAUUUUAGUCCUUCUGAGGAAAAUUCCGACCCUAGUUUACCAAAGUCUCCUGUUGUUUAA